GUCAAGGACUGACAGAUGAUGCAUGCAUCCGAAGAAAAAUAAUAUCAACUCGGCGCUUAUGAUUCAGCGUACAGUUAGUUUACUGUGCGUUGUGGGCGGAAAUAGGGAAUAUUCUGGCUUUAAUAAACAGAUCUCUCUCCUGGGAAGAAAAAAAACGCGAUGAAGGGGUGUAAGUGGAUGCGGAUUUUUCUGAGGCUUUCUGCAUGAGCGAUGUAGGUACCAACUUGGUUCAAGCUUGCAUCUGGUCGGCCGUGUCACCCGCUUUUGUUGCAUCACAUCUACCGCUGGUUAAUUUCACGGGACAUUUCCCCAUUCACAAUUUCCCGUCCCCUUCACCUCCUGUACUCAUUUAAUUUCUUCUCUUCUCUUUCCUCUUUUCUUUUUGUUUUGUGUCGGAUUGUUCCUUCUCGCUGUUUAUUGUCUUGUUUCAGUUUUCAUUUUUUUCCCCCUCUCCACCUCCCCCUGCCCGCACAAUGCUGAAUCCUGCAGCCACCUUCGUCUUCCCUUAUUCGUCCCCAUCCAACCUGCCGUUCGCUCGGCGGGCAGUCCCAGCGCAGUCCGGGUGAGAGUGUCAGGAGGUCCCGGAGGCGGAGGGAAGGAGGGAAAGAGGGAGGGAAGGAGGGGAGGAAAGGAGGGAGGAGGGCGAGCCGCGUGUACGCGCUGCGCGCUCCCUCGCACUCCCUACCCCGCCGGGAGCACCAUCCAGCAACAACCCACUAUCCAGGCCAGCAGAGAGUGUGUGUGUGUGUGUGCCUUGCCCCGCUGUCACUGCUUGUCAUGAGCGCCCUCUCCAAUGCGCCUCACUGAAACCGCGCCGAAGACACUACUUCCAAGAAGCAGAGGAGCUGAGAAAGUCUCCAGACGAGACCACCCCGCGGAUACAGGCAAGAAAGCUGCUGACAAACCCGGGUCCACAAAUGUCGCCGUGAAAAUGCACCGGGUAGAUUUCACCUGUGCUUAGGAUCUAAUUUUAAUUUCCAAAAAAAAGAGAAUAAAGGAAGGCGGGGGAGAGGGAGAACCUGGAAUUGGCUUUGGCGUGGACCACAGUAGCAGGUCUGUUUCCUUGUAUGAUGUGCAACAAUUCACACUACAGUCAAGACGACCAGAGACAAUGUAAAUUCCUGUCAUAUAUGUUCUACCAGGCUGUCAGAGACCGCAAACCCGUGUGGAUGCUGGAGGAUAUGAGGACGAUGGAGUCGUUUUACUGGGAAGAGAACGCCAGCCUCCGUACGUACUCCCCGUCUGAAGCCCUGUUAUACGCCGUGGUCCACAAUCACCUCCCGUACGCCCGCUACUUGCUGUCUCACUACGCGGACGAUGCGUUGCAGGUUCCCGGCGAUCGCUUCUGCUGUUGCCCGUCCUCCGCUCCCCAUCUCGCCAUGGCCGUCAGGUACGACCGCAAGGACAUCCUUGGCUUGAUCUUGAAGAUUGCCAACCAACUGCCCGGCCUCAAGUCGUACAUUAACAGGAAGGGCUGCUUCCACGUCGAAGAUGGGAAGACACCGCUGCACUUGGCCUGCGAGCUGCUGAGAGCGGAGACCGUCCUCAUGUUACUGGGCAGCGGCGCCUCGCCCAAGAUAGUGGACAGCAAGGGACUAACCCCGCUGGACGUGAUCCUGGAGCAACUGCAGAUGUCCAAGAUCAACGCGGAAUCCAAAAAGUUGUGCAUGGAGCAUCUCCUUCUCUUCACCUCAAGUCUCCAGUUUAAGAUGAAGAGGGUCUUGAAAGACAACCCGGCCGAAUGGAAUAAGCUUCUGGGAGAAGAGAAGUAUAACUACCUCUGUGGGAAAGCACCCGCCACUUUAUUCCUCAUUUCUAUGCAGGGCAUCUUAAAAUGCCUCCCGCCGUCCGAUUUCCCAGCGAGCGUGAAGCAAUUGCCCAUCCCGCAGUCCUUAAAACCCUUGCCUCCGGAGAGGUUGAAACUGCGUUCAGUCGAUGUACAAUGACAUCUUCCAGACCCUGCCAAUUCACCCUGACAGGGACUUUCGUGGACCUGAAAUGAAAUGUUGUUGCGGGAAUGUGUUGUAUCAAAUACAAAAUUGUCCUCUAAUGAAACAAAGCAUGGCGUGUGUUUCCUCAUAUAUUUUUUAUCUAGCUUGUCUAUAUUUCAACGCGUUUUUAAAGAACCGAUAAACAGAUUUAAAAAAAAA